CGCGCACGCAGCGGAGCGGCAAAGCGGCAGCAUCGUGUCGGCUGCGCGCACGCAUCGCGCUCGCUCCUCACUGGGGAAAGAACGUCAACAAACUGUUUUUGUUUGCUUUUUAGUCACCAAAAAGCAAGAAGAAGAAGAAAAAGGACGCGUUGGAGAAAUUGACUUUGCUUUACUUCUGUUUGGACUUACUUGGUGAAGUUUCUUGCCCUGAAUAUGAUUUGAACGCCAACGAACAGGAUGAAUCUGCGCUUCGUGCAAACGCUGCGUGCCGUGUCGCUGUUGUGGUGGUGGCUGUGCUCGCCGGGGGCGUACGGCCAGUGCGACGAGCCGUCCGAGUCGUCCAAAGUCAACCUUUCGUCAGACCACCGUCUCCCAACGUUCACCGCCGACUUUCCGGUCCAGAACAUGGUGACGCUUGAUGGUAUUGUCUACGUGGGCGCCGUCAACCGGAUCUACGCGCUGGCGCCCAACCUUACCAAGCUGUCAGAGUAUCGCACGGGGCCGCUGUUCAGCAACGAGACCUGCGGGUCAGGCGGCGGCGGCGGCGAGGUAGACAACCACAAUUUAGCCCUGGUGGUGGAGAAGAUGUACGACAAAGGCUUGUACAGCUGCGGCUCGGCGGACAACGGCGUCUGCCGCCGCCACGUGCUGGACGACGACGUCAGCCCCAAGACGGUGGACGAGGACGUGUACUGCUUCGCCUCUGAGGUGGGGCUGGGCAGGGGGACACCGGCCGACGCCGACGUGGUGGUCGGUUCGUCGGGCUCACGGGUGCUCAGCGUGGAGAGCAACGUCAUCCUGUUCUUCGCGGGCAACUCUGAGAUUCCCGGUUCGGGAAGCCCGCCCGACGCCGCGGCUCGACCUCACACCGUCUCCCUGAGGAAGAUGAAGACGAGCCAGGACGGGUUCACCUUCUUCUCGGGCCUGUCCCACAUGGAUCUGAUCCCGUCGCUGCGUGGCAAAUACUACCUGCAUUACGUCCACUCCUUCCACAGUGGGCCCUUCACGUACUUCCUGACGGUGCAGCAGGUGAGUCGGCACUCGCCGUCUUUCCACACGCGGAUCGUGCGGAUGUGCUCCUCGGAUCUGGUCAUCCGCCGCUACGUGGAGCUGCCGCUGGAGUGCAUCAGCACUGACAAGCGCCGGCGACGCUCGGUCGAGGAUGUCAAGGUGUUCAACCUGCUGCAGGCGGCGCACGUGACCAAGGUGGGCGACGACGUGGAGCUGCAGCGCCAUCUGAAGGUGGAGGAGGGUGACGACGUGCUCUUCGCUGCCUUCGCGCGCGGCAAACCCGACUCCAGCGAGCCCACCGCCAACUCGGCCGUGUGUGUCAUGAGCAUCAAGCACCUCAACAACAUGUUCCAGAUGUACAUGCAGAAGUGCAACACAGUGGACCCGUACCAUUUCACCGGCUCUGAUGGCAGGGCCUGCUACAACAUGAGCUCGUCAGACGAGUGCGACCCGCACGAGGGCAUCCAUGAGGGCAAGGAGGGCAAGUACCGCCUGCAGGUGACCCAGUUUGUGCAACGUCUGGAGUACUGGCACAAGGAUCUCACCGGAACCCUGGUAACCUCCAUCAAGGUGCUACCUGUCCACGGGCGCGCUGUUGCCUUCCUUGGCACCGCCAAUGGACGCCUCAUCCAGGUUCGCUUCUCCCGCUUGGCCUCACCACACGUCAACCUGCGCUUGGACUCGCAACCCGUCACGUCCUCGGUGGCGCUGCUCAACGGACAGGACGGCGGAGCUCUGCUGUUGGCAACCGGGAACAAGAUCACCAAGGUUCCCCUGAUUGGCCCAGGCUGCGGUCAGCUGACGACCUGCACUUCCUGUUUACUGUCGUCGCGGGUGACGGAGUGCGGCUGGUGUGAUGGCCGCUGCACCCGAGCCCACCAGUGCCCCGUACCCUCCAUCUGGACACAGGAGUACUGUGCGCCCAUCGUCACCAAGGUGUCUCCGUCGUCUGGGCCACUUCGAGGCACCACCGUGGUGACCGUUUGCGGCCGGAACUUCGGCUUCGACCGGACAGAAAGCUUUAAGGCGUCGCUGGUGAGCGUGGAGCUGGCCGGCACCCCCUGCAAACUUCCCAAACAGGACAACCUUAACAGGUGGACUGAGAUGCAGUGUUCCCCCACCAUCGCUGGGAACUUCACCCCGUCGGGACACGCCGUCAAGGUCACCAGUGGACACAAGGUCGUGCACAUGGAGGGCGCCUUCACCUUUGUGGAUCCAGUGAUCGACAAGAUCUUCCCGACGUUCGGGCCCAAGUCCGGCGGCACCAUGCUGACCAUCACAGGUUCUUUCCUGGACACCGGCAACAAACAAGAGAUUACUGUUGGCAAGGCGGCCUGUAAAAUCCAGAGUUUGUCAUCGGCCAUGCUGACCUGCAAGACGCCGCCGCACGCGGUCCCGUCGGCACAGCCUGUCAAACUAACGGUGGACUCCGUAGAGCGCCACGCUCCCACCCUCUUCACCUACAACCAGGACCCUCUCAUCAACAGCAUCCGGCCGUCACGCUCCUUCAUCAGUGGAGGCUGCACGCUGUCGGCUCACGGCUUCUUCCUGCAGUCGGGCCUCCAGCCUGAAAUGGUCCUGACCACUGGACAAGAUGCCGUCGUCUUCCACGUGAGUUGCGUGUAUGGCGAGAACCGCACCUCCAUCCAGUGUACCACGCCCUCCCUUGCCAAACUGUCCCUGCCGCCGCCGGUGGUCACUAAGGUGGCGUUUAUCCUGGACGGUUACUCCACCGACCAGUGGGACCUUAUCUACGUGGAGGACCCCCUCUUCCAGGACCCCAAGCUCACGUCCAAGGACAACAAGAGCGUCGUGGAGCUCAAGGGCGACCACAUGGACCGGGAGGCGAUGAAGUGCCAGGUGCUGACCGUGUCCAACCGCAGCUGCGAGAGCCUCACGCUGGUGGGCAACACGCUGGAGUGCACCGUCCCCAACGAGCUGCAGGCAGCCACCGCCAAGGGGCUGCAGGUGGAGUGGCGACAGGCCGACUCCAUCCGUCACCUGGGCAAGGUGACGCUGGCGCAGGAACAAGACUACACGGGUCUGGUAGUGGGUUGUGUGCUGGUCAGCCUGCUCCUGCUGAUGCUCGCUACGUUGCUCAUGUGGCGCAGGAACAAGCGCAUUGACGAUUUGUCUGAGGUGUGGUACGACGGCCGCGGUGACAUCCAGCAUCUGGACAGGCUUGCUAGCGCCAGGGGUGUCAGUCCUACUAACGAAAUGGUGUCUCACGAGUCUGUGGACUAUAGAAGUACGCUGCUGGACGACCAGAACACAGAGCGACCCGAGACGUGCCGGGCAGUCCCCAUCCUGUACGGGUCCGGCCGGGAGCCGCUAUCUCCCCGAAUGGGGGCGCUGGCCCGCGGGUUUGGGAUGGAAAGCGAGCUGGUGUCGCCGCUGCUGAUGGCGCCGGUCCACAUCGACCUGACCAGUCUGCAUCCGGACCUGCUGAGCGAGGUCCAGCAUGUGGUGAUCGCCCGGGACAGACUCCUGCUGCACCUCAACCAAGUCAUCGGGAGAGGUCACUUUGGAUGCGUCUUCCACGGAACUUUGCUAGAGCCGAACGGUCAGAACCAACACUGCGCCAUCAAGUCUCUGAACCGCAUCACGGACUUGGAGGAGGUGACCCAGUUCCUGAAGGAGGGCAUCAUCAUGAAGGAUUUCAGCCACGCCAACGUGCUGUCGCUGCUGGGCAUCUGCCUGCCGCCCGAGGGCUCGCCGCUCAUGGUUCUGCCCUACAUGAAACACGGAGACCUGCGCAACUUCAUCCGUGAUGAGGGACACAACCCGACGGUGAAGGACCUGAUGGGUUUCGGCCUCCAGGUGGCCCGAGGGAUGGAGUAUCUGGCCAGUAAGAAAUUCGUCCACAGAGACUUGGCGGCCAGGAACUGCAUGCUGGACGAGAGCUACACGGUGAAGGUGGCUGACUUCGGGUUGGCGCGCGACGUCUACGACAAAGAGUACUACAGCGUCCACAACAAGAGCGGCGUCAAGCUACCCGUCAAGUGGAUGGCGCUGGAGAGCCUGCAGACGCACAAGUUCACCGCCAAGUCCGACGUGUGGUCGUUUGGCGUUUUGCUAUGGGAGCUGAUGACCCGCGGGGCGCCGCCCUACUCCGACGUCAACUCCUUCGACAUAACCGUCUUCCUCCUGCAAGGGCGCCGCUUGCUGCAGCCCGAGUUCUGCCCCGACUCCCUCUACACCGUGAUGGUGGAGUGUUGGCACCCGAAGCCGGAGCAUCGUCCAUCCUUCUCUGACUUGGUGUCCAGCAUCGCCGCCAUCUUCUCCAGCUUCAGCGGCGAACACUACGUCCUGCUCAACACCACCUACGUCAACAUCGACAAGAUGAGCCCUUACCCGUACCUGCUCGCCACCACCGACCCGGCGUCCUCGUCCUCCUCAUCUGAACCCCCCACCUCCCACCCGCUCUUGUUUUGCCACCCCGAGCGGGACUGUUGCGCCUGAGGAUUACGAGGGUAAGAACUACUGUGUGUCCCAACACUGGACAGAGGACAAGCUCUUAAUGUACAUAGAUUGUUUUGAUGGUCUAAAGUUACUGACUUCCCGGACGUUUUUGGGAGGAAGUCGGGAACCUUUACGGACGAGUGUUGUUCCCUUCUUGUUAAUGUGAAUUAUGCUCUAUGGAAAAAAAUGUUGCAGCUCUGCAACAAAAAUUAGACAAACGUCAAUGGUUCAUCUCAUCGUGACUUUUUGGGACAGUUGUGGCUUUUUCAGAAAUUCAGCCUCUGGAGCCAGCAACAUGGAAUUUCAGAGGCACGUCUAUCACAAGUAGACCCACAAAAAGGUCUCGAGGCUGUGCCUGGAAAUGUGCAGGAAGUCUGCCAAUUUGGUUUGGUAGCACCACCUGGAAUGUUUUGAAAAUUCUGAAGAGCAUUUCUUUGUUCUGUCUGUCAAUAUGCCUCACUGGCAUAAAUAGAUGAAUAAAGAUACAUUAUUUCUUGGAAAUAAAUCAUUUUUUGAGAAAUUAAUCAACAUUUUAUAAUUUCCCACGGCACACUAAUGUGGCCUGGCAUACUGGUUGGGAACCACUGACUUAGCCACAUGAAAUUUGGUAGGCAUGUAUAUUGUGAAUGAGUAGACCGACAAAAAAAAGACUGAAGAGGCCUUGCCCAAAGAGACACAGGAAGUCUGCCAUUUUGUUUUGAAGCAGACAUUUUAGGCUCAUUCUGGCCACUUCCAGGGGUCCCAACACAUUUUUUUAAUUAUUAUUAUGCCACCCAAAAAAAAUGCAGUUUUACUCAGCAAAAUGAAAUUUUGUAGGCAUUUCUAUCAUGAGUAGACACAAAAAUUCGAAAGAAGCCGUGCCCAAAAGGACACAGGAAGCCAGCCAUUUGAGGCUCAUUUUAGCCAUUUCAAAGGGUCCUACAAAGACAAACUCUUUCGAGAGACUUUGUUUCAUUGCUACUAAAUUUGAAGCACAUACACUAGACAGAUGGACAAUGCAUAAUUGCAAAACAUUUGAUAUUUCGUCGUAGCAUGUGGGGGUGCAUCACGGUGGCAAAUUUGGAGUCGAGGCACUGGAUGUCUUUGGUCAUCAUCAAAAUAAUCAUUGAUGCUGCAAAGUCACACAGCACCCUUCAAAACAUCGCAGAUUGGCCAGAAAUGACAAUUACACACAGAAUUUCCACAAUAAUUGUAAAUUGUAAAACAAAUUGUUGUUGUCAUCGACAGACUGAAUGUUUGCUCUGAGAAGAAAAUGUCUGUAUUAUAUUUGUAGCGGCGACACAGUGACGACGAACUCACUGCCAUGUUGUAAAUAAAAGCCUGACGUUAGCCGAUUUCAUUGUGAAAAAAAACGCAGACUGUGUCUUGUGUGUGUACGUGUGUGUGUGUGUGUGUGUGUGUGUGAGAGAGAGAGAGAGUCAAAACAAGCCUGGAGGUACAUGUUCAUCUUCUUAUGUGAUGUUAAAAAAAUAAAUCCACACCAGUUUCCUAUGUGCAUGCUUUGCUUGCUCUAAUUGAACAUCUUGCAUGAACACACCUGUACCGCACUCUUGUGUAAUUACACGGAUGUGAAUUAUG